ACAUGUUUCUCUUUAGCUUGGUUCUACAGCCAUUGGGAUCCAGACAUCAGAGGGUGUGUGCCUAGCUGUGGAGAAGAGAAUUACUUCCCCACUGAUGGAGCCCAGCAGCAUUGAGAAAAUUGUAGAGAUUGAUGCUCACAUAGGUUGUGCCAUGAGUGGGCUAAUUGCUGAUGCUAAGACUUUAAUUGAUAAAGCCAGAGUGGAGACACAGAACCACUGGUUCACCUACAAUGAGACAAUGACAGUGGAGAGUGUGACCCAAGCUGUGUCCAAUCUGGCUUUGCAGUUUGGAGAAGAUGAUGCAGAUCCAGGUGCCAUGUCUCGUCCCUUUGGAGUAGCAUUAUUAUUUGGAGGAGUUGAUGAGAAAGGACCCCAGCUGUUUCAUAUGGACCCAUCUGGGACCUUUGUACAGUGUGAUGCUCGAGCAAUUGGCUGUGCUUCAGAGGGUGCCCAGAGCUCUUUGCAAGAAGUUUACCACAAGUCUAUGACUUUGAAAGAAGCCAUCAAGCCUUCACUCAUCAUCCUCAAACAAGUAAUGGAGGAGAAGCUGAAUGCAACAAACAUUGAGCUAGCCACAGUGCAGCCUGGCCAGAAUUUCCACAUGUUCACAAAGGAAGAACUUGAAGAGGUUAUCAAGGACAUUUAAGGAAUCCUGAUCCUCAGAACUUCUCUGGGACAAUUUCAGUUCUAAUAAUGUCCUUAAAUUUUAUUUCCAGCUCCUGUUCCUUGGAAAAUCUCCAUUGUAUGUGCAUUUUUUAAAUGAUGUCUGUACAUAAAGGCAGUUGUGAAAUAAAGAAAAUUUUAAAAUA